GUUCAUAGCACAGAGACUUCUGCAUAUUACAUAAUUCAUUUUUAACCCUGAAACAUCACUACUGAGUGAAUUUAGGUUAAGAAGGAUAUUAAGGGUGUUUCUGUAUUUUAGACUACAGCUACAGAUUUAGAGAAACCAAAAAAUAUUAAGUGCCUUUUUACAACAGAUUAGGUACCUGGUAUAAUUUCUUGGAUUGGAUUACCUCAUGCUAGAGAGCUGACAACAGUAUGGCUGUGAUCCUGUGGGCUAUGGGUCUCUUUCUGCUCAUGCAGAGCAGUUUGUGCAGUGUUGGACAGACUGACAGAGGCUGCAUGAAAUGGACACCUAAAGGAGAAAACGUUUGUUGUGAAAUCUGUCAUCCUGGAAACCGCCUGGUCAAAGAGUGUGGUCGAAGCCCAAAAGAUCUCUGUAUUCCUUGUGAGCCCAAUACAUAUACAGUGAAACCUAAAGAUUUCAGGUGUGCAAGGUGUACACAGUGUAUAGGACCUCAAUUCCAAGUGAAACAAUGCACAGCCACAACUGACACAAAGUGUGGCUGUAUAGAAGGACUCAUCUGUGGUGAUGACCGCUGUUCCUUUUGUAUUAAGAAGUGCGACAGAGGUCAGGAACCUACAAAGGAACGUUCUUGCAGACCAUGUCCAGAUGGUACCUUCAACGACCAAGGUCACCAGAUGUGUAAACCCUGGAGUACCAAGUGUCCCAAACCAUAUCAAGAAAUUGUGGCCGAGGGAACUGCAAUUACUGACAUUAAGUGUGCUAAUGUUUCAGUUAGUCCAGUACAUCGUCCCAAGCAACCUGAUCACACUGAACAGGAAUGGCCAUUGUUCUUAUCUGGGAUCACCAGCAUGUUUCUGCUAGCCAUCAUCAUCGUCAUUGUGGGCAUGAAAAUCUACCAGAAAAGAAAGAAGACAAAAAAGACAAUCACAAAAACACAGAUAAUCAGAACCCCUACAGAUAACCCUGAGACAUUAAUAGCAAUUGAGUGCAGUUUCCACGAGGCCCAGCAAGAGCAGGGGAGCAGCACAGAGUCACUUGACUCCAAAGACUCCUCAGAGCAGCUCAUUGGAUGAAUGGAAGGGAACUGGACCAGACUACCACACUGAAAUACCUGUUAUGGUUUUGUUGAAUUCUGCGAAAAGGAAAAGGAUAUCCUGAACAAGAUAGGGGCCUUCUUUGUAAUACUGAGCCACAAGUUUUGAGGACAUGUUUGUUUUCAAAAUGAAAAGUUUCUUUCACUAAAUGAAAGAAACAGAACACCAAGCUGUCUUUUGUCCACUCUUUUUCUUUAGGAAGCUACUCUAAAAAUAUUGAUAUGUCAGGGUUUUGCUCUACAAUUACACCAGGAUACAGUUCUAGUGAUCUCUUGAUGAUGCAGGGGAAUUCUGAGAGGGGAAAAAACAAAGUGGACUUACAACAGGCUAUUCAUCAUGCAAAUUAUAGCAGACAGUGAGGCUGUGUUUUUUCCCUUUCAGUUAAGCUUUGAAAAUAGAUUGGUCUUAAAAUAACUAUAGCGACUAGAUAAGGUUUACAAUUUCUGGAUUCAGUUAAUGGUAAGACAACAUAUUGUCACAUUGACACAUUAAGACUCAUAGCCUUUAGAAAAUGCUGGAAAAAAACUUUUUUUGUUUUCCUUUUAACUUCUUUUAAACUGCUCUCAAAAAAGUUGGACUUGGGGUAUUGGACUGUGUAAAAAUAGUAAUGUAGUGUUUGAAUGAGUGUGAAUGAGUUUCACUACUGUAAUAUUAGCAUGACUGAGCGGUAAAGAGUUUGCUGUGUGUGAAUGUACAGUGCAGGUGGGUGUUCAGCUUUGUGUAAAAGCCCGUCAAUAGGUUUUAGUCACAUCUAAUGAGCCCACAUAUAGCUCCCUAAAUAGAUGUUUUGUUUUAUUCAGGUUCCACUGUCUAGCCUAUUUACCUCCUGUUUACUGUUGAAUUUGUACAUGUAUAGCCCUGGUUAUGUUGAAGCAGCUUAACUAGAACAAUGUUGACUCAUUCACAAUUGAAUGUGUUGAAUAUGAUAUAUCAGGGGCUGGUUUAUGUCAUAGUGUUUGUUUUAGUUUAUUAUUUAAAUGUGUCCACGGUAGGUGGACUACUUUGUGUUAUAAAUUGUGAAAGUAAUAGUACACAGAACAAUACAUCUACUAUUGUAAACAAAGCCUUUAGGUUGAGGACAGCUUUGUAUGUACCUUCCUCCUCUCUACAUUACCAGGAAUGAUAUGGACUUUCCUACCAUUGCUUCAUUGGUGUCAAAAAGUCCAGUGAAGGGAGUUUCCCUUUUUGUCAAUACCAGAUAUUGAGUUUAAGUUCAAGGGAGUCUACAGUAAAGUACAGUCUGCACACCUACUGUACUGUGGUCUUUUUGAGAGGCAGAUAUUUUGGUUUAGCAAGCAGAAACAUGCCUAUUGAGCAAGAGUUGGAUGAGCAGCACAGUGGAUAUGCCUUAUUUAAACUCUGAGAUAACAUUUCAGAUAACAGGAUUAGUCAUAUGUUGCGAAAACAUUUUUGAGAUUUUUAUUAAGUGUAGGCCUACCAUGUGGGAAUUCCUUGGGACAAAUAGGACACACUUAUGUGGACAUCAAAAUGCAGCUCAAGGGUCAUGUGGAAACCCCCGAGUCAGUCCUGUACUCCUUAUUGCCUAAUUGUCUAGCAUAAUGGAGUGGGCAGCAAGACAGACUCAGUGGAACGCUUCUCAAAGACGUGUGUAUUCUGAACUGUAGCAGGCGUAUCUGAAAUGGAACAUUUGAGAAAUAUGCUGUGUGGGCAAGGUUAGCCCACACCUAUAGUAAUACAUCAGUGAGUGAGUCACAACUUGAGUGAAGUCUGUUGAAAGACCACAAAGUUCACAGGGGUGCUUUUAGAAGAGAUACCAAAUUACAGUAUAAGUUGUACAGGAACACUUUCAAAAGAACUGUAGCACUUCACCUGUCAACUGUUACUUGAUUAAUUGCACUUAUUUAUGUGAAUUUAUCUUUCUGCCUUUGAUGUUUUUAUGACUUGUCUGUCUUUUUUUUUAUACCUUUGUACCUCUUUAAAACACCCAAUAAAAAUGGAUAUUUUCUUUA